AUGCCAUCGAGGCUUUCCGAGGCCCGGUAUACUGUCGAGUUUCGCGCGGUCUACCGAAAGAACAAGCCCACGGACAAGUCGGUGCUACAGCGACUAUGCACUUGGAACAAGCGGCGCGUUUCCAACAUGAUGCAGACCACAUUCUCGUUCUACCGGAUAAUGCGCAAGUACCAUUGGAAGACGGACCUUCUGGCUGACAUAGUCUGUGGAAUCACGGUCGGAAUUAUACAGUUUCCUUCAGGUAUGGCGUUCGCAAUGUUGGCUGAGUUGCCGCCCGUUGUUGGCCUGUACGUCUCUUUCUUCCCCGUACUCAUCUACUUCUUCUUCGGAACGUCCAGACACAGCGCAAUUGGUACGCAGGCUGUGGUGGGACUCUUGGUUGGCUCAGUUAUGGCGCGGUUAUACAAUCCGACGGCGUUAGUUUACGGUGGUGCUGCUAACGCCACUCUGGUUGCCAACGAGGCAGAUGUAGACACCGCUGUGUCGUCGACGAAAGUCACUGACGAGUUUAAAAUUGGCAUCGCGAUGUCGCUCGCUUUCCUCGUCGGCGUUGUGCAAAUCAUUAUGGGUGUGUGCCGCCUCGGUUUUGUGACAACGUACAUGUCCGACCCUCUGAUUUCCGGCUUCAUAUCUGGAGGUGCUAUCCAUGUGGGGACCAGCCAGAUAAAGCACCUUCUUGGACUGAAGUUGCCGAGGACCGACGGAAACUUCCAAAUCAUAUAUACGUGGCAAUACAUAUUCCUGAACAUCUACAUGACGAAUUUCGCUACUGUCAUCAUCUCCUCUAUCUGCAUCGUGGUACUUUAUCUGGUCAAAGCCCAGGUCAACCAGAGGUUCAAGGGCAAACUCAAGGCCCCCGUUCCCAUCGAAAUAAUAGUGGAAUCUGUGAUAUGGCUUGUCCGCAUGAUCGAUGCCUAUUCUGAGAUACAUCUCGGUUAUGUCGCAAACUACUGCAACGGGAUGCUUUCUGAAUCUUAG